GAGCAGAAACCAGCAGGAACCCAGAUCUAAAUCCUCUCGAAGAUGCUUCCAGCUCUUCAGAGACUGAAGUCAGUGAGGAUGAUGAAGAGGAAAAGAAUGGGUACAAUAUUGAUUCUCAGCUGGAACACUUAUCGGACUCUGGAUCAGAAACUGAAGACAGUGAGAAAGACUGGAAGGGCAGCAGGGCUCCUGAGUCCGGUGUAAACUGUGUCAACAACAGUUUCAGCUGCUCUGAGUGUGGUAAACAAUAUCUCCACAAGCGGUCUCUUCAGAGACACGUGACAUGUCAUUCAACAGUAAAACGUUCAAACUGGUUGAGUCAUAAGAAAAUUGUCAGAGAGAAGAAACAUGUAGAGUCACACCGAGAAGUCCAGACAGAACCCAAAUCAUUUAGUUGUGAUGAAUGUGGUAAAAUAUUGACCAGAAAAUCAAGUUUAAACACACAUAUGAGAGUCCACACAGGAGAAAAACCAUUUGAAUGUGAGGUGUGUGGACAUAGACUUACCCAUAAGACUAAUUUAAUCUCACAUAUGAGAGUCCACACAGGAGAGAAACCAUUUGUAUGUGAGGACUGUGGACUUAGAUUUAUCUGUAAGUCUUAUUUAAAUUCACACAUGAGAGUCCACGCAGAAGGAAAACCAUUUGUAUGUGAGGACUGUGGACAUAGAUUUAGCUCUAAGCCUAAUUUAACCAAACACAAGAGAGUCCACACAGGAGAGAAACCAUUUGUAUGUCAGGACUGUGGACAUAGAUUUAGCCAUAAAAGUAAUUUAAGAAAACACAAGAGAGUCCACACGGGAGAGAAACCAUUUGUGUGUGAGGAGUGUGGACAUAGAUUUAGGUAUAAGGCCAAUUUAAAACAACACAUGACACUCCACACAGGACACAAACCAUUUGUAUGUGAGCACUGUGGACAUAGAUUUCGUCAGAAGAGUACUUUAAGCUCACACAUGAGCAUCCACACAGGGCAGAAACCAUUUGUAUGUGAGGACUGUGGACAUAAAUUUAGCC